AUGCAGCCGAAGGAGAUCAUUGGGAACUAUUUUGUAGAAGGGCUAAGACAUGAAACAAUUGCCUUGUUGAAUGCUUCAGCUCAAGGGCAGAUCAUAAACAAAACUUAUGAGGAGAUGGAAGCCCUCCUUGAGCUGAUGUCCGAAGGUGUUUAUGAGUAUCAAGAGACGAGUCGCGUAGGGCUGCCACAGAAAGCCGAUGGGGUUUGUCAAGUCGAUAAUGUUGCAGCUAUUCGGGGCAAUAUUGGGACACUUCUUCGUAGGGGGGGGCGCUUUCUCAAUGUCAGCAAAUCCAACCAGUUCAACAUAUUCAGAAAGCAGCAUACGAGAGUUAUGGUGAGCCUCAUGCUUAUAUUAAUUGUCCUCAAAAUCCAGAAUGUCUAUUAUGUGGGGCAAUACAAUCAUGGUGGUGGAAAUCAGGGAAAUUAUUUUGGAAACAAUUAUAAUCAGCAAUAUGGGAAGCAGGACUUCUACAAGCAGAAUAAUUAUCAGAAUCCCCAAGCCCAGAUAGUUGGAAGUUUGGUGGAAGACACAAAGAAGCAGUUCAUAGCUCAACAACAAGUGGUUCAGCAGCAAAAUCAGAAAGUCCAGAGCAAGAUAAAGAAAUCUAUUCAUGAGCUCGAACGUCAAGUCGGGCAGAUGGUGAUUUCUCAAAAUGUCAGACCACAAGGUGCUCUUCUAAGUGAUAAGGAGAAAAAUCCGAGAGAUUUCAAAGCAGUCACCUUGAUGAAUGGCAGAACAAAAGCUGAAAAGAUUGUUGAGAAAGAGAUGCAAGAGCCUGAACGUGUGGUAACUAGACCACCUUCACCAUUCCCACAGCGCUUUCAGAAACGAAAAAUAGAUGCAGCUUGUAAGAAAUUUCUUGACAUAUUAAAGAAGGAUGUUGUUGCAAAUAAGAGGCACUGGACAGAAUUCGAGACUGUUACACUUACUGAGGAGUGCAGUUCUAGAGUGAGGAGCAAGAUUCCACCAAAGUUGAAAUAUCCGGGCAGUUUCACUAUUUCUAUAACUAUUGGUAAUAUCGAGGUUGGGCUGGCAUUGUGUGAUUUGGAUGCUAGUAUUAAUCUGAUACCCACCUUUGUGUUUCGAACAUUGGGUUGGGUGAACCAAGGCCAAACAACAGUCACUCUGCAGUUAGCGGAUAGAUGUCUUUCAUAUCCCAAUGGUAUAAUUGAAGAUGUUCUCAUGAAGGUGGAUCCUUUUAUUCUGCUGGGUGAUUUUAUUAUCCUUGAUUACGAGGCAGAUAAGAAUGUCUCCCUCAUCAUGGGAAGAGGAUUCUUAGCGACUGUUGAUGCGGUUAUUCGAGUCAGAGAUGGGAAGAUGGCUAUGACAGUUGAUGGGCAAGAAGUUACUUUUGAUGUUCAAGGCUACUAG